AAAUAAAAGGUUGAUUAGUUAAGCAUCGCGAGAAGAUUUGUCGGGUCUCUAAUAACCACCACCUCAUCUCUUCACUUGUGCACUUCUUUACUACACAUCCACAUAUCGACUAUACAUACACGUAUAGAUACACACACAUCUAGGUUUUGAUCAGAUCCGCAGAGUCGAGAUCUGAAGCUGUUGAUCUGAUCUAUCGAUUUUAUCUGAAUCUGAGAAGAUGCCUUCUGUGUAUGGGGAUCGAUUAACUACGUUCGAAGACUCCGAGAAGGAGAGCGAGUACGGUUACGUCCGUAAGGUAUCCGGACCAGUUGUUGUUGCUGAUGGAAUGGGAGGGGCGGCUAUGUAUGAACUUGUUCGUGUUGGACAUGACAAUCUUAUUGGAGAAAUUAUUCGUUUGGAAGGAGAUUCUGCUACAAUCCAAGUUUACGAAGAAACAGCUGGGUUGAUGGUGAAUGAUCCUGUCCUUAGGACACACAAGCCCCUAUCUGUGGAGUUGGGUCCUGGAAUUCUGGGAAAUAUCUUUGAUGGUAUUCAGAGACCUUUGAAGACCAUUGCUAAGAGAUCAGGUGAUGUCUAUAUCCCUCGUGGUGUCUCGGUACCAGCCCUUGACAAAGACACACUAUGGGAAUUUCAGCCUAAAAAAAUAGGUGAAGGGGACCUUCUUACAGGUGGAGAUUUAUAUGCUACGGUCUUUGAGAAUAGUUUAAUGCAACAUCAUGUUGCUCUGCCUCCUGAUGCCAUGGGAAAGAUAACAUAUGUUGCUCCAGCUGGUCAAUAUUCACUAAAGGAUACAGUUUUGGAGCUUGAAUUUCAAGGCGUCAAGAAGCAAUUUACUAUGCUUCAGACUUGGCCCGUACGAACUCCCAGGCCUGUUGCAUCAAAGCUUGCCGCUGACACUCCUCUUCUCACAGGACAGCGUGUACUUGAUGCCCUUUUUCCAUCUGUGCUUGGGGGAACUUGUGCAAUUCCUGGUGCAUUUGGUUGUGGAAAAACAGUCAUUAGUCAAGCUCUUUCCAAGUAUUCCAAUUCUGACACUGUGGUUUAUGUUGGUUGCGGGGAAAGAGGAAAUGAAAUGGCAGAGGUCCUUAUGGAUUUUCCUCAAUUGACAAUGACUCUCCCUGAUGGCCGUGAAGAGUCUGUCAUGAAACGUACUACUCUCGUGGCCAACACUUCAAACAUGCCUGUGGCUGCUCGCGAGGCUUCAAUUUAUACAGGAAUCACUAUAGCAGAAUACUUCAGAGAUAUGGGUUACAAUGUUAGUAUGAUGGCAGAUUCAACAUCCCGGUGGGCAGAAGCUCUAAGAGAAAUUUCAGGGCGAUUGGCAGAAAUGCCUGCUGAUAGUGGGUAUCCUGCUUACUUGGCAGCUCGUUUAGCCUCCUUCUAUGAGCGUGCUGGUAAGGUGAAGUGCCUUGGUGGACCAGAACGUAACGGUAGUGUUACUAUCGUUGGUGCUGUUUCACCUCCAGGAGGAGAUUUUUCUGACCCUGUUACAUCUGCCACACUCAGCAUCGUUCAGGUCUUUUGGGGUUUAGACAAAAAGUUGGCACAGAGGAAACAUUUUCCUUCUGUGAACUGGCUCAUCUCCUAUUCAAAGUAUUCAACAGCAUUGGAGUCCUUCUAUGAGAAAUUUGAUUCAGACUUUAUCGACAUCAGGACAAAAGCUCGUGAGGUUUUGCAGAGGGAAGAUGAUCUGAAUGAAAUUGUCCAGCUGGUUGGGAAGGAUGCUCUAGCAGAAACAGAUAAAAUUACCUUAGAGACUGCAAAGCUUUUAAGGGAGGAUUAUCUUGCCCAGAAUGCAUUUACUCCAUAUGACAAAUUUUGUCCUUUUUACAAGUCUGUCUGGAUGAUGCGCAAUAUUAUCCAUUUUUACAAUCUGGCCAAUCAGGCUGUGGAGCGAGGAGCUGGUAUGGAUGGCCAGAAGAUAAGUUAUACCCUUAUCAAGCAUCGUCUAGGGGAUCUUUUCUAUCGCCUGGUUUCUCAGAAAUUUGAGGACCCCGCUGAAGGUGAGGAUGUACUUGUAGGGAAGUUCAAGAAACUUCAUGAUGAUCUUACAUCUGGUUUCCGGAAUCUGGAGGAUGAGACACGAUGAUUGAACAUGUUAGGAUAAUGGUUACAUUCCUUGAGAGGUGAUUAUGAUAUGUAUGCAGCGAAGAUGAAAUAUUGUAUUAUUUAGUUUUGUUUUUGAGCCAGCCUGCACUAUUCAAUAAUUGAUCCUUAUUUUAUCUUGAAAGGGGCAUCAGGGAGGGUUAGCCCAGGAUUACCUACUUUCCUGUUCACUGCCAUAGCUGAAAAGGAAUGCUAGGCAUAUAAUUUGUUAGAACCCGGGAUGGCAGUCUUGUAAAAUAGAUACUGUGAUUUGCACUGGGGUAGCACCCUCCAAGUUUGUAAUUUCUGUUUGGCUGCUCUAAUAUUGUUUUGUAGCGAGCAUUAUCUCAAUAAAUCUCCUGGAGAUAUUUAUUUA